CCAACCGUCUCUAUAUAUACCGCCGUGUGUUGUCUUCUAGUGACACAGAGAUAUCUAAUGCUAUCACUAGCAUUUAAUCUGUACGUUCAAACCAUGAAGUUUGCCAUUCUCUUUACGAUUCUGAUCACAAUUUCCGAAGCCAUUUCAGAUUCUUUGUUAACUGGUUCUUAUCAUCAGAACUCCACUGCGGCUCUGAUAAACGACAGACGUGACGUAAAGGAGAUUGACGUCCUCCGACAGCUGGUCAACCAGGAGACCCUCAUCCGGGUAUCCGUGACAAAUGACGUCAGGGCAGCAGUAGAUGACGUCAUUUCUGUAAAGAGAAGCUUGCUGUCUACAGAGACGACGGUCGCCACUCUUCUGCAGACGAUAGAGACGUUAAAAAGGCAAGAUAACUCUUUAUCGCAAAAGAUCGAAAAAUUAACCACACAGAUCGAUGCCUUAAAGCAAAACAACACUGUACAGCAGACCACAGAAGCUAUAAAAAGGGAGGUUGAUUUUCUUAGAGGUGACAGAGCUUUACAGAAUGCGGAAGAAUCUUUGAAAAGAUAUAUUAACACUCAAAAGCGGGAGGACAUGAACAGUUUAGAAAAUUGUCAGAAUAGAUUUCAGGAAUUAGAUAAAAAGUUCAAAAUUCUAACUGAAAACAUAACGAAUAUCUAUCAGUAUCUUGGAUUAUUAGAAAAAGAUUUUAAACUAACAAGGGAUUGUAGAUAUCACUAUCUUCUCGGGCACACACAGUCUGGCAAAUAUGAGAUAAACCCUUUUGGUAACGAGACCAGUGUCAGUGUGUAUUGUGACAUGGUGACUGAUGGAGGAGGGUGGACAGCAAUCCAGAAACGAGUGAGUGGAUCCGUGAGUUUCGACAGAACGUGGGCGGAGUAUAAGAAAGGCUUCGGUUUCCCUAGUGAAUCUUACUGGAUUGGAAAUGACGUCAUCCAUCAACUAACCAACGGAAGGAACUCCUCCCUCUACGUCUCUAUCACACUGACUAAUGGGACAAAGCUCUAUGAAUUAUACAACCAGUUCUCUGUUGCUGAUGAAACCAACCAAUACAGACUUUUUCUUGGAGGAUCAGCUACCGGAACCCUGGGUGACGCUAUGUUACACACUGGUUCUUCUUACCAUGAUCUGUCUGGGAUGUCCUUCAGUACCCCGGACAGAGAUAACGACAGGUUUAGUACUGGUCACUGUGCUGCUUACAGAAAACGUAGAGGAGGCUGGUGGUUCAAAAUCUGCCACCGGGCCUUCCUUAACGGUCAAUGGUCCCCGGGGUCCUGGGAAUCUCCAUGGUAUCCUACAGUGACUGAUAGUAAACAGAUAAAUGAGACUCUCAUGAUGAUCAAACCUACCUGACUUUUUAUAUCUUGAUAUUCAUACUUGUUCACCCAUGAUAUGAAAAGUUAUAUAGUUUUAUUUUAGAUGAUUAAAACUUUUUUUUUAGACAUAAUGGUGGUUUCUACAGUAUAUACAUUGUAAUAAAUAUAUAAUGUUAUUAUGUGUAAUGAAUUUAUUGAAAAAUCGUAAUAUGUUUUAUUUUUAAGAUAAUGUUGUACAUGUAACAUUAAUAACUAAAAACAAGAAAAUCGCAUUAAGUAUUGUUACAUUAUAAAAGUUUUGUUUUUAUUUUAUUAAUUGUAGUUUUAUAAUUAAUAGUCUAAUGAUACAAAGUAUGUUAACAACAAAGACAAUGUUUUUUUUAAAUACAUUCCUUGAAUUUCAACUGAUCCCCGUGAAAGGUCACAUAACUGGGUAGAAGUAGUAUCCAUCAGUCUGUCAUCUCCGUACAUGUGUGUUGAUAAUUAGAAUUUCAUUCUGUUACAGUUUAUAAAUGAUAUUGAGAUGAUAAUUACGUAAAUUUUAUUUUCAAACACCAAUAUUUCUUGUUACUUGUUCGUGUAUUUUUUAUAUACAGUGUGUGGAAAAGGCUGCAUGUAAUGCCAAACCAAUGAAUGGGAAAACAAAGUAUUAUAUGAUUUAUUUUCAUGACAUUAACGUUGAAGGCCUUGACAGAGUAACGUCAUAAGCGAAAAUUAAAUUUCCCGCUCUUUUUGAGCAGUUUGAAGUUUAUAAGCCACCCUCAGGAACCUUCACUUCACAUUGACAUAUAUUUUAGUCUUUUAGACACAAAUGCUACAGAUCCCGUGAUGCAAAUGUUGCUAAUUUACGGCGCAAAAUUUUGCGCACGGAGAGGGAUACUUUUUUUUUACUUUCCUGCAUUGUUUAAUGAACCACCUGUCCUUUCCUAAUUUGAGAAAUACUCUUUAACAACCUGUGAAUUUUAUCCCCCCUGCCCCUUUAUAAUCAUCCUUUUAAAUCUUAUUAAAUCGUUUUUUAAUUGAUAAAAAAAAAACUUUUUUCGAGGAUGGGGGGUGUCACAAGAGAAGUCUAUAAAGGGAAUGGAGGCGGAUACAAUAUACAGGUUGAAAAAAGAGUAUAUCUUACAUUUUGGAAUGAAAGAUAAUUGAUAGCUCAAUGCUGAAAUAAAGAAAAAUAUAUCCCCAAAGUCGGCAAAAAACGUCGUUAACUGCUCAAUACUUACUUUACGAGAUCGGUUGUGUUUUCAUCAAUAACUAAAAUAUAAAACAUAACGCUACGGUUUCUGUAGCUAGAAGCAGAUACAUGUUGCAAGGCUUUCAAAUUAUAAAUGUAUUGAAGACAAACUUGAUUAAAGGAUUGAGAAAGAAAAAAAGGUACAGUUUCAAUGCUGGAGGUAUAAAAAUAAAAAUAUUUGCAUUUAUUUUUUUAUAUCUUUCAAAAAUAUGCUUAAUUAUAAAUCAUCUUAUGAAUAUUUAAUACCCCCCUUCUCCCAAAAAUUUU